AUGUCACGCUAUUCACGGGUCGACUCAGAUGAUGACCACCUCCCAGAGGGCAUGCAACGAGUUGGUUAUGACGCCGAUACUCAGACAUACACCUACCGUGACCAAGAUGGAAGUUUCUGGGAGGGAGAGCCCGGCGCGAGGUAUGGCGUUCUACGGCCAAGCGGUACCGGCUACCAACCUAUGACAGUAGCAGCCGAGCAAGAAAUGCGUAGAGCUGACCAAGCUGCGUGGCGCUACAUGUUGCCAUUCUUCCUGCUUGUCAUGGUCGUCCUCUUUACGCUUUUCAGGUACCUUGGUCUUGGGUCGGGAUUCUUCCCAGAGCCGUUGAGUUGUGGAGAGGGCUUUACGAGUUAUGUUGUGAAACGUGGGGAUUCGUGCUGGCAGAUUGCACAUGACUGUGGUGUUGAGGUGGUGGAUUUGGUGGAGAGUAAUGAGGGGCUGAAUUGUGAUCUUCUGAAAGUGGGAAAGGAGAUUUGCGUGCCAGUUAGUCAGUGA